AGAUAUGAUUUCCUGAUUCAGGUAAAGUUACUGUCAGAUGUGUGGUUUUGCACAUGCUGCUACAAUACUAACAUCCAACUGAUUUACGAGCCACAUCCAAACGUUGGCCUUCUGGGCUUUGAGAUAUUGUUUCCAAGAUAGGUAUGGAAUAUAGCACAUGAAACGCAGUAACGAGGGUUCAAAAUCAGCCAGCAACCAUGGUCCGUUACCUGGCUUAUUUUGGGUACAUUGGAACCUAUCUCAGAGGCAUUCCCAAAGUUAAGCCAGGCAUGUCUGCUCCAGACUAUAAUUCGGUUCAAGGACUAAUGGAACAGGGGCUGUUGCGACUUCAACCUGUAAAUGAACCCCAUUUCUACGCUUCUAGCAGAACUGACCAAGGAGUCCACGCAUUAUGCAGUACGGGACACUUCGAUUUGGAAAAGGCAAAUCCCGAGCAUGAAGUCCACCCCGAUAUCAUCACCUUCUCCCUGAACAAGUACUUUGACAGCGUCGUUAGACAAAUCAGGAAAGAGAUUCAGAUUUAUGGGAAGAAGGGCACAGUGAGGAUGAUCCAUGAAGUGAGCCUUUCACCCGGGCAGCCAUUUCUCGUCACUCCAAUGGACCCGUUCUAUGACACUUGCGAUUACUGGAACGUCAAGGUUAAGGCAACGGGUUUCCUCUACAAGCAGGUGCGCCGCAUGGUUGGAACCCUUGUGGCAGUAGGGAAGGGAAAAAUAGGAGAAGAGGAUGUAAAGGCUUUGAUUGACGUGGCAUCCUCUGACGCCUGGCCUUCCAGCAUUAUUACUGCCCCACCUGGUGGCCUUUACCUCGUGAAUGUCGAGUACGAUCCGGCGAGCUUUGAAACCGGUUGGAGUCCCAAGUAUGGUCCAAUGGAUGCAAAUAUGGAAGAGGAAAGUGAUGAGCAAGACCUGGAAGAUGAAGAGUCGUCUAAAAGAUGAUGUCUUGCAUCCAUGAUUGACCUACUUUCCACCAAAAAAUUCUCAUUGCUAAUCGUGUUCGUUUUUUUUUUCCUGGCAUGGUGACCUGG